AUGUGGUCAGACAAUUCUUCGGUAGCUGGUGCAUCCAAAGGCCUACCUAAUGGGGAGAUCCCCACCGACUCCUCCCCCAAGCCUGUCCCCACUGCGUUUGCUGCACGGUCAGAUUCACCUAGGCGAUUUCGCUUUGUCAAGGGUGCUCCUAGACCAAAGAAGCGUCGAAGGGUCAACUCGCCAAAGGAGCAAGUAAGCCGAGCAGUUGUAACAGAGAACUCGGCGGUUACUCCAGAGGUCGUGCUUAGAACCACAACACAAAACUUGGAGAUAUUUGAUGAUCAUCAAAGGGACAAUAGUUUAGCUAGUCUGGACCUGCAAGAGGGCUACUUUUUUGAUGAUUUUAGUUUAUUUGACUCCAUACUCCCUAACAUUUUUGCGUCCACGCCUUUCCUCGAUAUCGAGCCCCAGGAGACACUGGCAUCAGAAGUGCUGCCGGGUCUAAUGGAAACAUCCAGAAUGACACCUCUUUCUCCUGCAGACAGGCCUAUUGAGCCAGUGUUACAGAAUCUACGAACCAGCUCAAUCGCUCAAAAUAUUGACCCUUUGUUUCGAGAGGAAGCAGAGCAAAGUGUGCUAGGUGAUCUGGUUCCACGAACCACCCAAGAACCUACGAUCCCUUAUGCUUCGGCGCGUCUUCAGGCUGUUCCUAUGAUAUCUGAAAUCUCAUCCAGUGACCAUGAGAAACUUCUAGAAUUAUUGUACCCUCUCCGCUACCGGGAAUUGGUCAACUCACCUCAUGCGGGCACACUCAGUGCUCCAAACCCAUGGCGGCCCAAGCGCAUUGACGACACCUCGCAUUCGGUCACAAGUCGCAAUGCUAAUCUGAGUCCUAUCAUGGAUCAGACAUAUCUGGACUUUUUGGUGCGAUGGGAAGAACAAGAUGAAUGGUCUUUCUUCGAUCUGACUGGGUGCCCCCGGGAAUUAUUGGUCCACCUGUUUGAACUUGCCGAGUUAGCCAAGCAGUGCGAGAUUGCCUUAUUUAUGAAAUGGCUGACUUUUGAUAUGACGCCUAUCAAAAGAAUCGAAAAUGAACUGAUCGGGUGGAAGAACGAUGCAGACUCUCCAUUGAGUGGCAAUAAUUCUAAAUUGACCGAAGAAGACGCGAUAAAGCAACUCGACGAGCAACAAGAUCGCUAUCACUGUGCUGAGGCCUGGCGAUAUGCGUUGCUUCUCUAUCUUGAAUAUAUCUUCAAGUGUGAUCGCAAAAGACGGUCUAUCAGCGUCAAUAGACUAGUGCGCAAGACGAUUGACCACAUUCGAUGCUGCCGACGAACAUCACAGACUCAGAAGCAACUCCUUAUCCCGGUCUUCCUCGCAGGCAGCGAGACAUCGGAUGAAGAUAUGCGCCAUUUUGUGAAGGAAUACUGUACUUACUGGGGAGAGAAAUCUCGCUACAGCAUGUUUAAUUCUGUUCCAGUACUCUUUGACGAAAUUUGGGCCUCAGGAAAAUGGUGGGGUGCCGUGAUUGAUAGUAAGACCCGGCCUAGCUCUGGCCAUGGACAGGGAACUACGCAAUUAUUAUUUGGAUAA